AUGGAUGAUGAUUGUUCGGAUAUCUCUGAGCUUAGCUCGCCACCUCAAUCCCCUCUUCCUCCGCCGGGUUUCUAUCCCUCGCCGCCCCCAUCGCAGGACGCGGAUGAGUUGAGUAGCGCCGCACGCGGCCAAGACGAACCCCCCGCCAGGAAGAGGAGACGAGUCGCCGCGCCCAAGGAACGCCAGACGCAGCAUCUCGACCUAUCCGCCGAUUCUGGUCUGUCUCGUGAGGAGCAGCAAUCACAGGUCGACUUGCUCACCAAGACGCUUCGUCGUCACCGCAAAAUCGUCGUCAUCGCUGGUGCUGGCAUCUCCACGUCGGCUGGCAUUCCUGAUUUCCGGUCCACGGAUGGUUUAUUCAAAUCCCUUUCCAAGAAACACAACCUCAAGGCGUCCGGAAAGCUUUUGUUUGACGCCGCCGUCUACCAAGAUGAAACCCUUACCGCAUCCUUCCAGGACAUGGUGCGGUCGCUGUCGGAGGAGGCAGCCAAGACUUCUCCUACCGAGUUCCACCAUAUGCUAGCCCGUCUCGGGCACGAGAACCGACUCACCCGCCUGUACACCCAGAAUAUCGACGCCAUUGAGACCUCAAUGCCCCCGCUGGCCACCCAGAUCCCCCUCAAUGUUAAAGCACCAUGGCCGCGCACAAUUCAACUUCACGGAAGCCUGGAUACUAUGGUGUGCCAAAAGUGUCGUCAUCUUGGUGAAUUUGACCGAGACAUGUUCGACAGACCUGAUGCGCCCGAGUGUCCCGCAUGCGCCCUGAACAACCAAUUCCGUAUGGAGACUGGUCAGCGGAGUCACGGUGUUGGCAAGAUGCGCCCACGCAUUGUUCUCUACAACGAACACAACCCCGACGAGGAAGCUAUCACGUCUGUAAUGAAUGCCGACAUUCGCUCGCGCCCGGACGCUUUGAUCGUGGUCGGAACCAGCAUGAAGAUUCCCGGCGUGCGUCGCCUGGUCAAAAGUCUUUGCUCCGUGAUCCGUAGUCGCCGCAACGGAGUUACAAUGUGGAUCAACAAUGAACCGCCCUCAGGCAAAGAAUUCGAAGACUGCUGGGAUCUCAUGGUCAAGGGAGACUGUGAUGAAGUCGCACGGAUUGCCUCGUUGGGUCGCUGGGAUGACGUCUCGGACAGAGUGUUUGAUGAGAGCAAUCUUUCCGAAGUUGAACGUGCUAAAAAGAAGGGCGCUGUGUCCAUUGUUAUUGAGACACCCAAGAAGAAGCAGAAGGUCCAAACUGGAUUUCUCACGCCUUCUUCUAGCCACGACGAAGAGCAACUGCCGCAUAAAGAACCCAAAGGCACUCGUCCAAACCCCGCUAGUCGGGGACGAAAUCUCAAAGACGUACUUACCAGCGCGAAGUCCAGUGAACCGAAGAAACCUGCUCCCAAGAAGGCUGCGCCCAAGAAAGCUGCGGCUAAGCAGCGGGGCAAGAAGCAAGAGCCGCCCCAGAAUUCAAGAAUCACUACAUUUAGCAGAGUCACCAAGACAUCCAAGGCUGCCGGUGACGACAAGGCCUCGAAGCUGGAAAAGGACGAUGCUAAGCCUAUGCACCCACUUCCACCCGGUGCAGCUCGCAACAAUGGCCCCAUGUUCCCUCAUUUGGCUAAUAAAGGAGAUGCCUGUGCCAGCAGUGAAAUUUGGAAUAAACCCGAGACGAUUUCUCCCAAGUCGGUCCCCCAUGGGAUGAGUGACCUGUUGAACGGGCCUGCUGCAUAG